AUGCAAUCAAUAAUUUGUUCACAUCAUCUCUGCCUUGCUCCUCCUCCUACUGUCCUCUGCAACCGUCUGCUCUGCCACCGUGUUCCUUCAAUCCGCCUCACAAACCAUCGCUCUGCUACCACCUCCCUCCGUCUCUUCACUUGUGCAGCAGCGAGUAAAAAGAGUGAAAUCAUGGCAGCAGCGAAAGAAGAUGGUCAAGAUCCGAGAAUCCCUAAGAUCGCUUCUUCCAUUAGAGUCAUCCCUGACUUCCCUAAACCAGGGAUCAUGUUUCAGGACAUAACGACGCUGCUUCUGGACACUGAGGCCUUUAAGGAUACCAUUGAUAUUUUUGUUGAACGAUACAAAGGCAAAGGCAUUUCUGUUGUUGCAGGUGUUGAAGCUAGAGGAUUCAUUUUUGGCCCUCCUAUUGCCUUGGCUAUUGGUGCCAAAUUUGUUCCCAUGAGGAAGCCCAAGAAGCUACCUGGGAAGGUUAUCUCGGAGGAGUAUUCAUUGGAGUAUGGAACAGAUAAGAUAGAGAUGCAUGUAGGUGCAGUAGAGCCUGGUGAGCGUGCUAUCAUCAUAGAUGACCUCAUUGCCACUGGUGGUACUCUCGCUGCUGCCAUCCGACUUCUUGAGCGAGUAGGAGUGAAGAUAGUGGAGUGUGCAUGCGUGAUAGAGUUACCAGAGCUGAAGGGAAGGGAGAAACUAGGAGAUGCGCCACUAUUUAUUCUUGUAACCUCAGAUGCUGCUUAAUAACAAGAAAGAAAACCCUGAAAGGAAAAUUGUUGUGGGAAGGGUAUCAAAAUGUUAGGUUUCUUUGUGUGUUCCUUUGGGAUUUGAUGAUCACUUUCUUCUCGUUGUCAACUUAUAUCAUAACAGGCUUGGACUAUAGCAUUCUGCAUGCCAGGAUUUGAUUGCAUCCAAAAUAAAGUUCAAAUUAUUUAAGUGCAUUUCUAAUCUGUAUUAUUCUAUUUUUUC